AUGGAUGCGUUUUCGUUGUGUUGGAGUCUCGCAGGACUUGCUCUCGUAGGCAUUUUUACAAAUGGGGUAACGGGUUUUGAUGAAAUGGACUUGUUCAACGGAUUCAACGACACAAGUGUUUAUGAGAAACAAGAAAAUGGUGCAAAUGUUCUGAUGGUAGGACUCACUCUUGUUCAAGCCGCUUCUGCCAAAGGAGCCGUGUGUCUGGAUGGGUCAGUGCCUGGAUAUCAUUUGUAUCCUGGGUACGGUUCAGGAGCAAACAACUGGUUCAUUCACUUGCAGGGUGGUGCGUGGUGUGACAGCGUGAAAUUUUGUCAGUACCGUAAAAGAAGUAGUUACGGAUCGUCCACAUUAAUGGAGAAAGUGUUAGCAUUUACGGGAAUACUAAGCAAUAAAGCCUCUGAAAAUCCAGACUUUUAUCACUGGGAUAAAGUUAAAGUACGGUAUUGUGAUGGUGCAUUCUUUAGUGGUGACAGCGAAAACAAGGCCGCACAACUUCAGUUUAGAGGAAAGCGUAUAUUUUUAGCUGUCAUGGAAGAUUUUGAUGGCAAAGGGAAUGCGUCAAGCAAAGCAGGUUCAUUUGUAUCUUUCUUUAUCCCCAAGUAA